AUGCAAUCCGACCCGCCCCUGACGCCCUGUCUCCGUCCCUUCCCUCCCACACAGGUGUCGAUUCAGCAGUCGGAGAAGCGCCGCGCGCCGUCCCGCUUCUCCAUCAUGGUACGCCGCUCGAUGCACGUGGCGGCUGCGGCCGUGGGCGUGGCGGCGGCCGCCGGCCGACCCCGACCGCUGCUCGACUCCACGGUCGGCUCCGAGGAUACGACCGCCGGCGACCAGGAGCAUCAGAACCUGUUACAGCUGGUCGAGUCACUGCGGCACCAGCUGGUCGAGAGCCGCCGCGAAAACGUCGCCCUGGAGGCGCGCAUCCGACAGGAGCUAUGCGCAGAGUUCGAGCAGCAUGUGGUGCAGAUCGAGAGGGACUGGCAGGAGCGGAUCCAAGAGACGGAGCGCUACAUGGAGAGCCGCGCCGAGAUGCAGCUCACCGCCGUGGCCGCCGGAAUCAAGGCCGACCUGUCCAGAAAGCGGCGGCGCACCGAGACGCACAGCGACGAAGAAGAGGACGAGGAACUCAAGGAUUUCGAACUGGAGGAGGCGCGCCAGCAGCUGGCGGCGGCCGAGCAGCGCUGCCAGCUGCUGGAGCAGCAGCUGGAGGCCGUGGAGGCGGACCGGCAGCAGGCGGCUGAGCGGGCCGCCCAGCGCCAGCAGGAGCUCGGCCGGCUGGCCGUACAGCUGGCCGAACAGCGCGACACCGCCCAGCGGUUGGAGCGGGAGCGCGACGAGGCCGAGCAGCGGCACCAGCGGCUGCUGGAGAGCAGCGGCGCCGAGCAGCAGUCGGUGGCCGCCGAGCUCGGCAGGCAGGUCAAACAGCUGCAGGAGGAGCUGCACUUCCGCGAGAUGGACCUGCGUGAGCUGCGCGAGUACCUGCAGGAGGGCGGCGACGAGCUGCUGGAGCGCGAGGCCGACACGGAGCGGCUGCAGCGCCAGGUGACGGAGCUGCAGCAGCAGCUGGUGCAGCGCGACGAGGCGCUGCGGGACCAGCAGGCGCUGCACGCCGACCUGGAGCAGCUGCUGGCCAGCCGCUCCCAGCGUGUCGACGAGCUGGAGGCGCGGCUGGAGCGGCGCGCCGCCCCGCCAGCCAUCCAGGAGGAGUCCGGCGAGCAGUCGAACCCGGCCGACGCCAGUUUCGGCAGCCGGCUGCGCGCGCUGCGCUCCAUGACCGGCGCAGUGCUGCGGCAGGUGACUCGCACUGACGGCGAGCGGCAGCCGUCGCCAGCGCCACCCCAGCCUGCCACCACCAGCCAGCCAGCGCCGCAGACCACCGAGCAGGAGUCGCAAACAGAGAAGGACGCCGCUGCAGCAGCUGCCGACGAGGAGCAGCAGCUGCAGCUGUGCGAAAUCCGCGCUCAGGUGGCCGAGCUGCAGUGCACCUCUGACGAGCUGAAGGAGGAGCUUCGUGCCGCUACCGACCGCCUGGACGCCCGGACCGCUGAGUGCGCCGAGCUGCGCAGCAAGUGUGAGGAGCUGGAGCGGUCGGCGGCGGCCGAGAUCGAGCCCCUGCGCCAGCAGCUGAGUCGGCUGACGGAGGAGCGGGACCGCGUGGCCGGCGAGGCGCAGCGCGAGCUGGAGGAGCUGCAGCGCCAGUACAAGGAGGCGCUGCACCACCGCUCCGAGGCGGAGGCGGACGCGGCCGUCUGCGAGCGCGAGAUGAAGACGCUGCGAGCGCAGUUGGAGCGCGAGCGGCACGGGGACGGCUCGCUGCAGGAGAGACUGCGGGCGGCUGAGGCCGAGGCCACUGUGAUUAGAGAGAGUCGCGAUCAGGUGAACGAGGCGCUGCGAAUCAUCAAGGCCGAGCUCGAGGCAAAGAGCGAGGAGCUGCGACAGAACAACGCUGUCGAGCUGCGAGCGCAGCUCGAGCGGUCCAGGGCAGAGACCAGCCACCUCCGCGACGAGAUUGAGAAACGCUCCAACGAGCUGCUGAAGCUGAACAUCCACCUGGAGGGUCUGAAACGUCAGCUGGUGGAACGCGACGAGGACCUGCAGAAGGCCAGGGACGACCGCUCACGGGCCAUGCAGAUGUCCGAACAGAACAUCCGGCGCAAGAACGAGGAACUCAACCGGGAGCGGAACGAGAGUUUACACCUGCGAGACAUGAUGGCGCGACUCACACCGCGCUCGUCCUCCACGCUGCAGUCGGAACUGGAGAGCGUGCGGGCCGACUGCCGGCGCAAGGACGACCGCAUCGAGCAGCUGGAGGCGCGUCUGCGCCAAUCGGAGCUGGCCACGUGCACGCCGACGCCGCGCAGCACCUGCGACCGCUCGCGCUCGGUGCAGAUUGUCGAGGAGGAGGAGGAGGGCGGGGUGACACCGAUGGUGCUGCGCGGCCGCUCCAGCCGCAGCAGCCGGCGGACCACCUCCCGCGCGCCGCCGCCGCCCGCCGAGACGGACCACUCGGAGACAGAGGGCAGCGAGCACCCCUCGGAGACGGGCACCGGCCGGCGCCGGCGCACCCGGCGCGCCGCCAACGCCGUCCGCUUCACCGACGAGAACGCGGCCGCCUCGGAGGUGUCCGAGUCGGGCUCGACGGCGUCGGGCGCGGGCCGGCCGCGCGAGCCGCUAUCGGCGCUCAGUGAGCAGCAGAUGACCGCCGUCACCCCGGCCGACCAGCCGGCGCCGCCGCGCACCGUCAAAUCGACCGGCACCAAACGCAAACUGUUCAAACGCAGCUCCGACCAGAUCAUGGAGUGCUCACCAGUCGAGGUGACGGAGAAGCGUGUGACGCCGCGGACGGUCGUCACACGAAGCCUGCGCUCCAGGAAGAAGUGAAAUACUGAUAGAGAUGGCGCCCCGCCGCGCCGGCUGUGUCGCCUCGAAACACUCGCGCCGCGGCUACCGACAGCAGCGGUCCCACGGUGGUUGACUUAACGUGUUUUGUCUGUGAGCUUGUGUGAUUGUCGCAUCGCCAUCGCGCCCGUCGCGGCCUUCUUUCCAACCUGUCCCCUCUUUAACCAAUCGCUGUUGAAAGCCUGGUGAACGCUUUAUAACAUAUAAUCGUAAUAAACGAGGAAAAAGAC